AUGGACGAAGAUCGUCUCAGGGUUCUAGUGAAACUGACCCAGGAGGGACGAUUUAGCUCUCUGAAAGACCACAUGGAGACAUACGGACUUAUGGAAGCUGCCCGAGAUAAACACUUCGGCCGCUCCGGCGACACUCUCGUACACUACGCCGCCAGACAUGGACACUUGAACAUUUUGGACUUUCUCAUCAAAGACGUCGGUACCGAUGUGGAAGUCUAUAACAACGACUACAAGCGGCCGCUGCACGAAGCUGCUUCCAUGAGCCACCUUUCAUGUGUCAGCUAUCUACUGCAGAGGGGUGCGAUGGUGGACAGUUUAAAGAAGGCAGAUUGGACCCCUCUCAUGAUGGCUUGCACCAGGAGAAACCUGAAUGUGAUCAGAGUGCUGAUGGAGCACUCCGCCGACCCGUUCCUGAGAAACAAAGACGGCUGGAACGCCUUCCACAUCGCGUGCAGGGAGGGCGAUCCCCUGGUGGUCGGCUACCUCCUCGACGUCGCUCCUGAUGUGUGGAAAACGAAGAGUAAAACGGGCAGGACGCCUCUGCAUACGGCAGCCAUGCACGGCUGUGAGGAAGUUGUCAACAUCUUGCUUGAGAGAUGCAGUUACGCAUCGGAUGACAAAGACAGCUGCGGAAUCACUCCUUUUGUGGACGCUGUGAGAAACGGACACGUCUCAUUGGCCAGGCAUCUUCUGGAAAAACACCAAGCAUCUCCAACUUCUCUUGACACCCUUGGGGUUCAGCCAGUGCACCAGGUUGCCGUUACCGGCCAGGAGGAGGCGCUGUGCUUCCUCGUCAGGGAGUUGCAGGUGGAUGUGAACCAGAGAGCAACUGGUUUAGAGCUCACCGCUUUGCAUUAUGCUGCCAAGGAAGGCCACGUUUCUACAAUAAAGGCACUGCUCGAUUUGGGGGCAGAUCUUCACGCUCGGGACAAGAAAGGAAGAACAGCUCUACACAUGGCUUCCAUCGGGCAACAUGCAGAAGCCGCCAAGACUCUGCUGCGAUUCGGGCUGGAAGAUUACCAGGAUGAAUCUGGCACUACAGCACGGGAGCUCGCCCAAAAAUCAGACGUCAUUCAAGUUUUUGACUGUAGUUAA